CCGAGCGGCAGGGGGCGGAGCGCGGGAGAGGCGCACGAUGGCGGCGGCCGGGCCCGAGGCGGCGCUGCGCGCUCUGGCCCCGCGGCUGGGACUCGCCGCCCGAGCGGAGCGGCUCUCCGAGGCCUCGUCGGCCCCCGGCCGCCUGGAGACCGUGCGGCGGCUGACGGGCCUGUUCCGGGAGGCGCGGCCCAGAGAAAUGGCAGAAGAAAGUAUGUUCCAGAGUCUCCUGAAAAUCUUGACUAAAGCCUCAUGUGAAAUGGAAUUGGCCUGCAAGGAUUCCAUGGAACUGACAACUCUAGACACGUGUCUGCUGCUUAUAGCCGAAUGUUUCAGAUGUCUACGGAAUGCCUGUGUUCGGUGUGCCAGGAAUCAAGAUGUUAUGAGGAAUUUGGGUCUGACUGAAGUGUCUGUCCACUUGAUCCAGUUGCUUCAUGGAUUAGAAGUUGAACAGGAAUCGUUAUUCGCUGCUUUACGUUGUAGCCUCCAGUUUCUUGGAAACCUUGCAGCAGGAAAUGGAGAUUCCCAGAAUAGCAUUUGGAAGUGCGCUUUCCCAGAUCUUUUCUUGAAUUGCCUCAAUCACCAUGAUGAGAAAAUUAUUACCUAUUCUUGUAUGGUACUGUUCACCUGCCUUAAUUCAGAGAAAGUGAGAGAACUACUGGAGCAUAAGAACUUGAAUGUAGCUCUUGCUGUUGUAAAAAUCUAUAGAAAGCAACUGGAGUCUGAAUGGUCGUUCUUGAUUGUUACAGACCAUUUGCUGAAAUGUCCAGAGCUGGUAAAAGUCAUGUAUGCCAAACUGAGCAAUCAAGAAAGGAUUACUUUGUUAGAACUGAUAAUGGCCAAAAUAAGUGAGAAAAAUUCAAUGACCAGUGAUGAAAUGGCAAUGCUCUUGAAAGAUGCUGAAUUUCUUGCGAGCCUUUUCCAGGAGAAAUGUCGCGAUGUGCUCAAAUUAACUUCCGCUGCAAAUACAGAAGAUGAGGAAGCAAUAGUUACAAUUCGGCUUCUUGAUGUUCUUUGUGAAAUGACAUCAAACAGUGAACAACUGGAACAUCUGCAGACUUGUCCUGGUUUGCUUGAGACAGCUGUGGAUACUUUGCAGCUAACUCACCUGGCUGGGAAACAGACUACAAAUAUCUUCACUGCCACACAUUCUAUGACAGGGGAGGGAGAAAUUUCACAUCCAGCUGUGGGUUUUAAAUCACACCUCAUUCGUUUGAUUGGAAAUUUGUGUUACAAGAAUAAGGAAAACCAAGACAAGGUUUAUCGAUUAGAUGGAAUUCCACUGAUCCUGGACAACUGCAGUAUUGAUGACAACAACCCUUGAUUAACUGGUCUAUCAAAGUUAUUGCAGUUUGAUAACAAUUGGCACCUGGAGAAACUGCUGUCCAAAGGCUUCCUGCCUGAAUGGUGUCUACUACAUAGACUAAGACAAUUGCAUUGUCACAGAGCAGGUUUCUUCUAAAACAUGAUUUUGAACAUAAUUGACUUUUUGUAGUUCUCUUAACUGCCUUGUGAAAAGCAAGGAAACACUUCCCCAUCUGCUACUAUAGAUUUUCAGGAGUCUGUAACCUAGUCUCCUAGUUUAAGAGGCAUAUAUAACUUGGAAAAGACACUUACUUUCUUUAGGUCAAUUAUAAAGUUAUGUAAUUUCAUAUUUGAUGACCAAACUUACUUUUUCUUGACAGUUGAACUCACGAGACUGUUAAAAUUCCUUCACAUUUACAUCGUGUCUUUCAUCCAAAUAAAUCCUGAAGCACAUUAAAAACUUUACUGAAAUACAUACAUAUGUUACAGAUGCAGCAUGGCAGCUCUAUAGUUAAGGCGGUGCUGUAUACGUUGAUAAGGAAUUAAAGCUCCCUGUUGGUAUGUGUAUAUAGUGUAUCCUUCUAAAAUUUACUGCAUGUAAUCUUUAAGCAGGGAAUGGAUUUUCUGAGAAUUUACAAGUAAAUGUGUUAAGUUACAGUUGCUGUAAAAUUGGUUCUUUAAAAAACUUCUUGUUCAAUCACACUUUUUUUUUUUUUUUUUUUUUUUUUUGGUGGACUCCCACUAGCAAAUAAAUUCUUGACUUCUAGUGUUUGAAAAUUGACGUCAGGGCUACAGCAAAAUCCAAGUCAUAGAUUUAAGCCUGCACUUAAAACCAUGCAAGCUGACUCCUGUACCCAUGCUGAGCUUCAUUGAAGACCAGAUGGCUCCCUUCAGACACAGAGGUACCCCUGUGCAGGAUCAAGACUUUAAUGUGUUGCUUUUGAUUUAUUAGCUAUGAGAAACAAUUCUAUCUGCCACAAUGUUUACUGACUAAUAUUUCCAGUUAAUAUUAUUUUAAUUGAAUGUAUCAUUAAAUGGAUACUCCAAAGGCUAAGAUUUAUUUUACAGUAAUUGUUUCUUCCCCUCAUCGUUGUGAAGAAAAUCUUGAGAGUAUGGUGCAUAAUCCAGUGCUGUCUUUGUUUCUGCAGACAGCCUGAAACAUACUCUGAGUAGUAUGAAUUGCCCCAACCUCAAUGGUGGUAUCAACUGUGAAACCUAAAGAUGGCAAACUAAAUAUCAGUAUUGUUAAUUAGCUGGUAAUUUUAGCAGAGAUCUCCUGCUAAUGAUACAUAGAUAUCUUGAUAUUUACACUUACUACAGGAAAUUAAAAAGAUUUUGAUGUAUAAAUAAUGUAGUUUAUCCUCCCCUAUUUACAGCCCUUACUCCUUUGAGUACAGAGAAUUUUCAAGUAAAUCUGUUAAUUAGUUGGAGUUAUAAGCAUAUUGCAGUCACUCCUUUUUUCUUUAAACCCUGCCAAUAAAAAAAUUGACAUUUGAGAGCUGAAAAUAACUUACUUAAAAUAUACUACAUGGGAUCUUUUAGUUCUAUUAAUAUAGAAAUAUUCUAUUUGAUAGUUUUAAAAGUCACUUCUAUUUAUUUUUUGAAAUUUAUUAUACAAUUGCUAAUCAAAUUUUACAUGAAAUCAAUUUAGCAUCAAGCAUCACAGCAUACAUUCUAGUUUGUGUCCUUUACCUCUGACGGAAUGGGUUGUACAGUUAACUUAUGCAGAAAUUGGAGAACAGACAGACAUCUUCUUUCAUACAAGAAUUACAUUAUGACUGAAGCACUUACAUGAUCGUUGCUUUACUGAUUGAACUAUAAGCAAGGACCCGCCUCCACUAAUUUGUUAUGGCCUUUCCAUACAUUUUUGCAAAUUUAAUUAGGAACCAAUGUUCUGUUUGGGGUGAUGCCAAGUAAGGGUAAUAGAUGGGAUGAGGAAACUCAAUUUUCAAUAUUACCUAUGGAAUGGCUACAGCUCUUUCAUGAUAUAUAUAAUUAUAGUAUUGUAAGAUCUGAGCUAAGUCUGCAUUGCAUUGCUAUUUUCAGUUCUUUGAUGUAUGUAGUGAAUCAGGUGGUGGGUUGGACCAAAACGCAUCAUCAUGAACCAGUGGCUUAGGGCACUGAACCAAGAGUCAGAAAACAUAGGGUCUAUUUCCAGCUGUGCCACUGAAUUGCUGUGUGACCCUGGGAAAGUCAUUCCUCCUCUCCGUACAUCAGUUUCCCUAUCUGUUAAAUAGGGAUGAUACCUCCUUCUAUCUACCCCAAAUUAAAAAACUUAGUAAGAGAAUCAAAGAAACGCCAUCAUUGCUAAACAACAAAGUAAAAGAAGUGAUUAGAGGCCAUUAAAAUUGGAAGUCAAAUUCUACUGAGGAAAAUAGAAAGGAGUGUAAACUUUGACAAGUCAAUUGUAAAACUGUAAUUAGGCAGGCCAAAAAAGAUUUUGAAGAGCCACUAGCCAAAGACUCAAAAACUAACAGCAAAAAACAUUUUAAGGUACAACAGAAGCCUGCCAAACAAAGUACUAAAGGAGCACUCAAGGAAGACAAGGCCAUUGCAGAGAGGCUAAAUGAAUUCUUUGCAGUGGUAUUCACUACAGAGGAUGUGAGGGAGAUUCCCACAUUCUUUUUAGUUGACAAAUGGGAACUGUCCCAGAUUCAGGUGUCAGUAAAGGAGGUUUUGGAACAAACUGAUAAAUUAAACAGUACUAAGUCACUACGACCAGAUGGUAUUCAUUUAAGAGUGCAGAAGAGAUUCAAGUGUGAAAUUGCAAAACUAUUAACUGUGGUAUAUAAAUCAUUUAAAUCAGCUUCUCUACCAGAUGACUGGAGGCUAGCUAAUGUGAUCUUUUAAAAAGGCUCUAGAGGCAAUCCUGGCUAUUACAGGCUGGUAAACUUGAACUUCAGUACCAGGCAAUUGGUUGAAACUAUGGUAUAGAACAGAAUUGUCUCACACACACGAACACGAUUUGUUGGGGAAGAAUUGACAUGGCUCUUUUAAAGGGAAAUCAUGCCUCACCAAUUUAUUAGAAUGCUUUGAGAGGGUCAACAGAUAUGUGAACAAGGAUGAUCCAAUGGAUAUAGCAUACUUGGACUUUCAGAAAGCCUUUGACAAGGUCUCUCACCAAAAGCUGUGAAAGUAAGUAGUCCUGGGGUAAGAGGGAAGGUCUUCUCAUGGAUCAGUACCUGGUUAAAAGGCAGAAAAC